AAAUUGUAUUUUCAGAUGGAGCCUCCACGUCGACGAAUACCAGAGUUAAAGCAGCGCCCAAAGUCGGGUAAUUGGAGUAGUUUUCAUGGAACAAUGUCUUCUUCGCUUAUGAGAAACCAAAUGCUAAACAACAGUUAUCAUGAAGCGCUUUCUUCUGGAACUCAUACAAAUUCUAGUACAAGUGCAUUAGAAACAAAUUCCCUGAUUGAGACAAAAGCGCAAAGCAUCGAUUCAUUAGACCAAAAUGACCCAAAAAUUAAGAAGGAAGAAAUUGAUCGACUUAACAAACAACUUAAAGUAUUUGCCAAGAAGCAGGAACAACUACUUCGUGUUGCCUUUUAUCUGCUGCUUAACAUGGCCGAGAAUGUAAAGCUUGAGGAAAAAAUGAGGAGAAAACACAUUGUUAGAAUGCUCGUCAAAGCACUUGAUCGUCAAAACAUAGACUUGCUUAUAUUAAUCAGCACGUUUCUUAAAAAACUGUCUAUUGUUGGCGAAAAUAAGGAUGAAAUGUGUGACUUAAAUAUUAUCGCAAAACUACCAAGGUUAUUUCAAAAUUCACAUACUGAUUUGGUGCAAGUUAUUCUUAAGCUAGUGUUCAAUCUAUCUUUUGAUGCGACUCUGCGAAUUAAAAUGGUUGCAGCUGGCUAUCUGCCUCUGCUUGUUAUGUUUAUCAACGACGAAAAUCAUCAUGCCAUCGCAGUUAAGAUACUCUAUCAUAUGAGCCUCGAUGAUAAGGUCAAGUCAAUGUUCAUUCACACGGAGUGUGUACAAAUGGCAACAGAUGCUAUUAUAUUGAAUCUUAAUGUAAAAGUUGAUCUGGAUCUCAUUGCUCUUUGUAUAAAUUUGUCAUUAAACAGACGUAAUGCACAAAUAAUGAUUGAGGGUCAGCGUCUCCACAGUCUUAUGGAUCGUGCAUUCAAGUACCAGGAUGCUCUCUUGAUGAAAUUAUUACGAAAUAUUUCACAGCAUGAAUCGCUACAACUUCAAUACAUAGAGUAUGUGGGGGAUCUUGCACGUGUACUGACUAUCUGUGAAGAAGAAUCUUUUAUUGUAGAGUGUCUAGGCUUAUUAGGAAAUCUAACUUUAACCGAUCUAGAUUAUUCGCAAAUACUGCAAAACUUUCAGCUAAUAUCUUGGAUACGAAAAGUACUAAUACCCUGCGCAAGACUUGAUGAUAUUGUACUUGAUACUAUAGUUUAUCUGGGAACAUGUGCAUGCGAUGAGCUUUGUGCACUCCUUUUCUGUCGCGCAAAGGUGGUGAUUUCACUGAUUGAGCUAUUAAAGGCAAAGCAAGAAGAUGAUGAAAUUGUGCUACAAAUUAUUUUUGUGUUCCAACAGAUUUUGAGACACGAAAGUACAAGGGAGUAUAUGAUUAAGGAAACUGAGUCGCCUGCCUAUCUUAUAGAUCUUAUGCAUGACAAGAAUGAGGAAAUUAGAAAAGUAUGUGAUUAUUGUCUGGAUAUAAUUGCAAUUAGCGACACCGAGUGGGCAAAGCGCAUCAAGCUAGAAAAGUUCCGAAAUCACAACUCUCAGUGGCUUUGUAUGGUAGAGUCGCAGCAGGAACGUGAUAAUGAACAGGAUUACACCGAAAAUAAUGAUAACGAUAAUGACUUGAACACGUUUAUGCGAUCUGAGUACUUACAAAAUUGCGACCUCUACAACAGCUCGAAUAUCAACGACUAUGACAUCGAUAGUAACAGCAACAAUAGCAACCAUUUAGAAUGUCCUUUAAAUUCUAUUUUUAGCAGGCCUGUGAGCACAUUUCGUCUUAGCCAGGAUGUGGAGGAUAUAUAAUAUAAUAUAACUU